AAAAUGGUUUACUUAAUUAUCUUUUGUCUUCACUUCCAAUUUAUGUACUUGGUGUUGCAAAAUUAGUUGCACAUGAAAGGUUUGCUUGUCCUAGCUUCAGGUUAUAGGCUAAGAGGAGCCUGUUUGGAUUGGUGGUAUUUUUGAAGAGUUUUGGUAUUUAGUUAAAAUGUGCAAUAAUUAUGGCGGCUCCUAAAAAAUAAAUGCCUCUUAUCCAAACAUCCCCUGAACAACAAAGCAAAGGAUAAAUGGCCAGCACUAUGAUGCUCGGCGAUGGCCGGACAGUACUCUUCUGGGACGACCGAUGGAUAAACGGCCAAUCCGUCCGUGAGAUAGCCCCCAUGCUAUACCAAUUGUUGGGCUGUGUCUUAUCUGUAUUUCAGUGUGUGUGUGUGUGUGUGUGCGCUUAUGGCCCAUGUGGCCCAUGUGGCCCAUGUAACCCUGCAGCCUAUAUAUGUGCUGCCCCCUUGUACAGGAACCCUAACUCCAAUAGAAUACAAUACCAGGCCAUCUUUCUAUCCCAGCCGCCACCCCUCUCUCCCCUGAUUCUACAUGGUGUCAGAGCUUGGGUUCCCAAUCCCAGCAGUGGUGAUGGUGGUUGGCUGGUUGUGCUUGCUGGCGAUUGUCUGAGAGGAGAAGGCUUGUGUGGAAGAAGGAGAGGUGGAAUCCCAGAUCUGAGGGGAGGAGGUAGUACAGAGGUGAAAGUGGGGAGCAGUGGUUGCUGGAGGUUGCUAGUGGUGUGAUUCAAGAUUGGAAAGAUGGGGGACAACCAGGGGUUGGUAAAGGCGUUGGAGAAGCUAGCUGAGCUCAUCACUGUCAAGGCAGAGGGUGUGGCUUCCCCAGGUGCGCUUGUUCCUCAGCCUGAGGUGAUACAGAAAAUAGAACUGAUGCCAAAUGAAAUCAAGAUGGAAGGGGUCACAAACUACCUAAGUUGGUCCAGAAGGGCAUUGCUAAUAUUGAGGACAAAGGGGCUGGAAGGCUAUGUCAGAGGGGAAGUAGAUGAACCGGCGAACAGGGCAAGUGAAGAGUGGAAGAAGUGGAGUGUCAUUGACUCUCUGGUGGUGGCAUGGCUGCUGAACUCCUUGACCCCAUCCAUUGCAGCAGCCGUGGAGACUCUUCCCCAUGCAGCAGAGGUAUGGAAAACCCUGGAAACAUUGUACUCCGGGAAAGGGAACAUAAUGCUUAUGGCGCAGAUUGAGGAUAGAGUAAAUGAGCUAAAACAAGGGGAUAAGUCGGUGAUGGAGUAUGUAGCAGAAUUGCAGCAUUUGUGGGCUGACUUAGACCACUAUGAUCCACUGGAGUUACCACAUUCAGAAUGUAUAGUUGCUACUAAGAAGUGGGUAGAGCGUAGGAGAGUGACGAAAUUCUUGAAGGGACUUAGCUCAGAAUUUGAAGGAAGGCGUGCUGGGUUGUUUCAUCAGCCAAAGCUCCCCUCGCUUGAGGAGGCAGUUGCAGCAAUGGCACAGGAGGAGGUCAGGUUGAAGUUGACCAGGACUGGAGAAGCGAAUGCAUCUCGCUCAGCAUUUACUGUGUCUGAAUGGAAGGAGACAAGAGAGUGCUUCAACUGUGGAGAGAAAGGUCACAUAAGCAUCAAUUGCACAGCACAACGCAGAGAAAUACGUGGUAGGGGAAGAGGUUACAGCUGAGGUGGAUACCGGGGAGUUAGAGGCAGAGGUAACUCGAGGGGUUCGAAUUAUUCCAGUGGCUUCAAAGCAAACUUGGCUAACUUGGCAACGCAAGAAGAAGGGACGUCAACAACCUCUCAAGGGGAGUCGAAGAGUAGAAGCCAGGAGGACAACACCUUCGGGAACUUUGCCCACUUUGUCUACACAGGGGAAGGAGAGGAUGACUGGAAGGAAACUUGGGACAGGAACCAGGCGUAGUGGAUUGUGGUAUAUGGAUCGUGAUGUGUCUAGGUCUGGUGCUAGUCUUAUUUUGGCUGUACUAGUUGGAGUAAGUGAGACAAUGGCGAUGAUCCAUCACUGUCGCAUGGGGCAUAUGGCUUUUGAUAAGAUGAGUAAGAUGUUUCCUGAUGUAAUGCGUGGAGUAGACAAGAGUAAGCUUGUGUGUGAUGCAUGUGAAUAUGCAAAGCACACAAGAAUCUCAUAUUUGAGUAAGGGGCUAAGGAGUAUAUCCCCGUUUAUGCUGAUUCACUCUGAUGUGUGGACAUGUCCUGUUGUUUCUGUUAGUGGAAUGAAAUAUUUUGUGACAUUUA